AUGGAAGGGGCUCUUGUAAAUGCUUUAGAAGCUAUUGCUUUGGGUGCACCUGUGGGCAUUCAUGGCAACAAGUUAGCUGCAUUUGAAUUUUGUCAGACUUCAUUUGUGUUAUCCUAUUAUAUAUUACUGCUUUUUUAUCUUGCGUACUGGCAGUUUGUUCCCGCUGCUUCGGUAUAUGGUUCAUCAUGGGAAGAUUGGCGACGUAUAUUUGCGCAUACGAACUUUGUUUCUGCCAAAUGGAUCUGUCUGCCAGUGCAUGGAGCUGUUAUUGGAGCUUGGUUUGGCGCUUGGCCAAUGCCGCUUGAUUGGGAGAGGCCAUGGCAGGAAUGGCCGAUUUGUGUGAGUUAUGGAGCCUUGGCAGAGUAUCUGAUCGGAAUGGUGGCAUCUCUUGGCUUUGUACUCAUUCGUGGAAGACAACAUCAUCAAAAAGGAGACUAGCUGUCAAGUAAUUAUCAAUUAAUAGUCGAGUCAAGUAUGUGUU